AUGAACGUCCUCAAACUGCGUAAGCGCAAGGCUCCCGACACUCCGCUCGAGAUCGACCGCAAGCGCCGAGCACCUCUGGAGCCCAUCAGCGAGCUCCAGCUGGCCACCAACUUUCCCGCGACACCAAACCGUCACCCGUUCUUGAGGCCACCACACUCGCCGCACAAGCACAUCCCCAGCGUUCUGUGUACCCCGGCCUCGGCGCGAACUCUGCCCGCAUGGGCCUCAUCGUCAUCCUCGCAGGGUGGGGACGACGACGACUACAACGCCGACGGCGAGGGACAUGUCCGCUCAUCACCGUCCUCCGGGACCCCAUCUCACCUCCAAACUGGUCACUGCGGCAUGACCGAGCCCAACUCGCCCGACUCGGACACCGUCUCGGUCGUUCACUCCACCCCGCGCUCCCCAUCGUCCCAGCUGUCCUUCCUCCUCCGCGCGCUGCCUGCCGAGACGGCUGAGGCUAUCGCUGCGGCCGUGGUGGACAGGGACAGGCAGGCAGAGGAAGUGGAGCGCGACCGUCUCUCGGCGCUGUCGAGAAUGGUUGGCCGGCUGGAAGCGGAGAACGAGGCGCUGGGCGCGCGCGUCAAAGACCUCGAAGAGGAGAAUGAGAACUUGGCCGCCAAGAUGUCCGGCAAGUCGGAUAAGAUUGCCAACUUGCGCGGGGUGCUGCGAAAGUUUGUCCGUAGGUAG